CAUUGAUCCACUGCGCCUGCACACAUUAAGAACAUCAGAUUGAAGCUGUCCAAGGCACAGAACACAUCUGAAGAAAAUGAAGGCUGUGAUUGUAUUUGCACUCCUCUUCACUAUAGUCUACUGUCAUCCUGUGAAACGUUCAGCGAGUAGCUCGGAAAGUUCUGAGGAACAAACAGUUGUCAAAAUGCCUCCUCCUGUCUUGCGGAAAGCCCCAGCCAAAGCAGCCCAGGCAGUACCUGUACAUGCCAUGAAAGCAACAGGACUGGAAGAGAACGCUGAUGAUUCAGAUGAAGAUGAGGAAGCAGACACAGAUUCGGACAAAGACAGUGCAGACACGCAAGAAGAUGACACAGACUCCAGUGAGAGUGCAGAGACUACAGAGACUGAGGCCACAUCUGCCCCACCACUGACCAUGGAGCCCACUCAAACCCCUGCUGUGGACAGUGGACGCGGGGACAGCAUGGGAUACCCUGUUGAUUACAAGAAGACAAUCAUCUACAUGGAUGGCAUUGAGAAAGGGCCUUCUCAUUACCAGACCUAUGGAUCUAACAAAAUAGAUGGAAAAAACAACAUCAGUAAGAAGACACCCCUCUAUGAUGGCCAGGAUGCCAACAAUGUGGAGAAACAUCUGAAAGUGUACAAGGCUCUACAGGUGAACAAUGAAGUGCUGGAAGAGGAAAUGAGCACCCCAGAGGAGACUCAGGGUCUGGAGGCCACCCGUGGGAUUGAGGACGAGGAGCCCAGCAAUAAGCAGGCAGACCUCGAUGGCAAUGGGGCCUCGCCUCCCAAGCCAGAGGAGAGCAAGAGUGAUGGUGCAAGUGCCAGCAGCACCAAUAGUGAGAGCGCCAGCGGUAGUACCAGCCAGGAGGAAGAGAUGGAGGAGGAGUCAGACAGCAACCCGAGCAGCAAGGAGUUCACAGCCGCAACUGGUGCUGCCGACGAGAGUGACUCCUCUCAGAGCUCAGAGAGCCAGGAAAGCGACUCAGCUGAGCAAACUUUGGAGGCCACAAGCGAGUCCCCUGAUGUUAUCGCAAAAUAAAUGGACUGAAGCAAGAAGAGCUCAAAUAAUUUUCUGUCAUGGUGCUAUGUGACUUGCUUAAACUGCAUGUGAGCAAGUGAAAAUAAGUAGCAGAAAACAAUGACAGUUCAGACAAGCCUGGUUUAUGGCUGUGACUGUGUUAUGUUACUUGUAAAGAAGCAGUUUCAUCUAAACAAAAUAUUUGCACAAUCAUUUACAGUAUCUUUAUGUGCAGUA